GUGUGAGGAAUUUUUAGAUGCUUUAGUUUAGCGUCAUCAUAAUCUGUGCAUCGAAAAGUUGGUCGAUGGGUUCAUCGAGUAGUGCAGUUCCUCCGGGGUUCCGAUUUCACCCGACGGACGAAGAGCUUCUUCACUAUUACUUGAAGAAAAAAGUUUCAUUUCAGAAGUUUGAUAUGGAGGUCAUAAGAGAGGUUGAUUUGAAUAAGAUUGAGCCAUGGGAACUGCAAGAGAUGUGCAAAAUUGGAUCAACUCCGCAGAAUGACUGGUACUUCUUCAGCCACAAGGACAGAAAAUAUCCAACAGGUUCAAGAACAAAUAGAGCAACAAAUGCAGGAUUUUGGAAGGCUACAGGGAGGGACAAAUGCAUAAGAAACAGUUUCAAGAAGAUUGGUAUGAGAAAAACCCUUGUUUUUUACCGCGGCCGAGCUCCCCAUGGCCAAAAGACUGACUGGAUUAUGCACGAGUACAGGCUCGAAGAUAGUGAUGAUGCUCAAGGGAAUUCCAGUGAGGAUGGAUGGGUGAUUUGUAGGGUUUUCAAGAAGAAGAAUCUAUUUAAAGUUGGAAAUGGAGGAGGAAGUGGAAUAAGUUCAGAUCAAAUCAACACUGUAGCCGCCACCCAAUCUCGUACAGUAUUCACACAGACACAAAGGGAAAGUCUAUAUUUACUGAAUCCACAACAUGCUCAUGGAAUUAACUAUUCUCACAUUCCAGUGGCACUGUCUCAAUAUCCACAAGUACAAGCCCAAAAUUUUAUACCUACUCACAAGCCAUUGGGAUAUGAUCAGUUUUCAGAUCAGUCACCAAUUAUGGUGAAGCAAUUCAUGUCCCACACUAGAGAUUGUGAAAGUGGCAGCACUGAUCAGAAUCUUGGUUAUGGAUCGGGUAUGGAAGCGGUCGAGAAGUGCCAACCGGAGAAUUUGAACGAAUGGGGUAUGAUCGAUCGACUUGUGACCUCUCAAAUUGGACAUGAUGACUCGUCUAAAGGGGUGAGGUUUGAGGAUGCAAAUGAACCAUCGAUGAACCAAAUCAAUCAACUAUCUUUACGAAGCAAGAUGGAUUUCUGGGGUUAUGAGAAGUAGUAUUAAAUCUUAUUUUUAUUUUUUGAAAAAAAAAAAAAACAUUUUAAUUAAAGUGAUUGGAUUACAUUUCCUUAAUGAUUGGC